GACCGUGUGAGGCUCUCUGCCUCAUCAGCUCCGCCUUCAGCAACAAUGUUGCUCUGGCCCUGGAGAUCAGAGAUACAGCUCAUGAAGACAUGAACUGUUCUGGGCUAGUUCACACAGCGCUUCACCUUCUGCAGCUGCCGUCUGUUCUGUCUUUAAGCUACAUGAGAAACUACAUGAGAUGGAGAAAGAUGGCCACAUCAUUAAAGUUCACCAACCUACAGAGUGGAUUGUGAUAAGACAGUGUAUUCAGUUGGAGAGAGAUGGGAGAGAGGUUCAUUGAGACAGCCAGAGGUUCAGGGUAACGUUCAGAUCUACUGAGAGGUCCUGUGGGUGUCUCACUAUUUGCAGUCAUGAUCAAACUGCUGAGUGUUGCCAUUGUUGCAGGAUCACUUUUUGGACCAGAUCUUUCAUGUGCCCUCCCUCCUGUAGAGCAAGAAUGGACCUGUGAUUAUCCCACCCACGUUCAAUGCUGGACAGACUGGUUUGACAGAGAUGAUCCCAGUGCAACUGGAGACUGGGAGACCCUUAAUGAUCUUCGCAAGGAGAACCCAGGAAAGAUCUGCCCUAAACCAGUGGAUAUCGAGGCCCAAACUCUUUCUGGUCUCAGUGUGGCUCAGGCAGGUGAUCUCCACACUCAAUCAGACCCAACUGUAGGAUUCAUUUGCAAAAACCAGGACCAACCCACAAAGAUGUGUAAUGAUUAUCGUGUUCGUUUCAGCUGUCAUCCCCCUUUCUGCGGUGGAGGAGUAUGCUGGACCAAGUGGUAUAACCGUGACAAUCCCAGUGGAACUGGGGACUGGGAGACUUUGAGUGAUCUGAAGACAGAGAACACAGAACAAAUUUGUGACUUCCCUCUGUACAUAGAAGCUGUUACCACUGAUACACUGACCCCAGCCAUCUCUACAGGGGAGAUCUUCCAUCUUUACAACCCAACUCAGGGAUUUGUUUGCUGCAAAGAGGACCAGAAAUCUGGCACUUGCCACGACUACAAAGUUCGGUUUGGGUGCCCAUGUGAAUAUUAAACCCUGAUCACGAUGGGGAGAGAAGACAUUCAGAUUCUUAUUACUUUAAUUUUCAUCAGAUGUUUCUUUUCUUUUCUGAUGUUGUUUUUAACUUGUUUUUAAUGGGCCUUUUUCACAGUGGACAUUUUGAAUUAUAGGAAAAGCACAGGUCUUACAAAUAACAUUAAUGAUAGCUCUGUUGUAUUCGAGCAUCCCAUUAUGAUGAUGUGACAGUGCGCCAGCAUGCACAAUACCAGGACCCUGAAUCCAAAGCAGCUAAAUGUAAUUCAGCAAUAAUUCAUUUUUUUGUUUACAUCUGUGCUUUUCCUACCUGGACACUUCACAAUGUCUUCCAUGCUUUAUCAGUCUAUCUUUUCUUUUUAGUGAUUAUGGAAUCAUUAUCUUAUAUGACUACUGUAAGGAUCAAAUCAGCAG